GAUUUGGUCUUCGUUAUGUUUUUCAGUGUCGGGUGGAGUCGACAUCCCGUCGCAUAUCUGCGGGGAAGGUGGAGGAUUUUUUUUUGUAUUAGCUUGUUAUUGAAUAUUUGUUACUGCCAGGACAUCGAAAUACUCCUUAAAGAUGACAACGACAACCACCUUUCAAGGAAUGGAGCCUGGUGCUAAAAACAGUUCCAGGGUACUGCGACCGCCAGGUGGGGACUCCAGCUUCACCUUUGGCACAGAUGACAACACAACCCCCCAGCGCAAGAACAAGAUGGCCUCCAGUAUCUUUGCAGAACCUGAGGACCCUCAUGCUCAUCGGAGGAACAAUCCACCCAGCGGGUCACCCACAGGGACCCUGUGCGGGGAGCCUUCAGCCCCACUGAGGCGAUGCCAGCAGCCUAUUCUUUUCCCCAAGAACCCUGAGCCAGAACUGAUCACCAUCCACAACUCGGGGGCAGCCAUGCUGUGGAACCAGAGACGAGAGGGUGAGAACGGCCAAGAGCAAACAAAUGACGAGUGCCCCGACGAAGCCGAGCAAGAGGAGCAAGACCAGCAAGAGCAGCAGAAGGAAACACCACAGCCCUCUGCCCCAUCGGGAGUUGCCAAAGCAGCCAAAAUGGGGCGGUCACCCCCUAUCAUUUCAGACAAAAUUAAGGACAGAGUUCAGCUAAAUGGAGCAUUCCCCAAUGUGGACAUUCUCAUCAAAAACCUGACCGUUGAAGACACAGGCCCAUACUGGUGUUCAUACGUGGAGAUGGGUGGGAAGUCCAGUGAUUUAUUAAACGUUAAAAGCAAGGGGUCUGUGCUGCUGGUGGUGAAAGAAAAACCCACUCCAACUACAGACCCAAGCAAGACAUGUAACUCAUCAAACAACAAUCUGGUCCUGGUGUCCGUUGUGAUCUCUGCCGCUGUGCUGGCCGGCAUCAUCAUGGUCACCCUCGUAUGGGUCAUCAUCAAGAUGAGGCCACACGUGUCCCGGGAGAUCUCUGAAGAGGAAAAGGAUGUGUCCAUGGAAACAAAUGGGGUAAAUGUGGUGAGUCAUCCAUGAGGGACAUGGCAGAUCAUCACUUUCAGUAACACUGUACUGACUCAGCAACUGCUCUAGGCAGCCUAUAGGAGGAUUGUAAGAAAUACACCAUUCAGUAAAACAAGAGGAUUAGAUAUGCUGUAUUGGCUGUAUUAAGAAAAAAAAAAUCCUGUCUUCUCUGUGACCAGAGACAAACCUUCUUGAAUAUCUUGCAGUCUCAAAAAAUGUAACCCCCCACAGGAAGCACUGGUUGGCAAAUGGACAGGGCCAUUUCCGUAGCGACAAAGGCAGCGUAAAAGCCUUCCAUGCUUUGACUCACAUUGUACCUCCUUA